UUAAUACCCGGCGCCCGCCCGCCGCGCCGGGACUCGCGCGCCCGCACUCGGGGAAGGAGGCGCUGGCGCGGCCUGAUCUGCCUCGCAACUUGUCUGCUCCGGCAGCUGCGGGGACCGGGGUCAGGACAGACUCUCCUGGGCCCCUCGCGGAGAGCCAGCUAGCUCCAGGACGAGUGUGCGCCCCCGCCACCCUCGUCGCCGCGGGGAACUGUGUGCAGGCGGCCGGCCGGCAGGUGGGCGAGCGCGCCGGAUUCCACCUUCACUGGAGACUGGUCGUUUCCUAAAACUAAAGGAGAAGCCCAUGAAGAGAUGACUUCUUUCUGAGUUUCGAGGACCAGAAUAAAAGGAAGAGUUCAGGUGGGGGACCUGGAAGCCUGGGAGAGCUGAGAUGGGAAGAUCUUGGAGUCAUUCUCCAUCUGAAGCCAUGAUUUAAACAGCAGCGUUACAAUUUGAACAAGAAAAACAUAAGCUUCACUGGAUUCCCACAUCAAAGAAGAGUUCCAAGCUUUCAGAAAGAGUUCUUGCUUGAAGACAAAGAGCAGCUUGCCAACCACAGAAGAAUUGAUGCUCAGCUUUUCACUGCACUUCCUAAAGUUGCAGAAUUAAGAAAAAUCUUUGAGCCAAAGAGGAAAGAAGUUUUAGAAAUGAAAAGAAAAGAAAGAAUCGCCAGGCGCUUAGAAGGAAUCGAGACCGACACCCAGCCCAUCCUCUUGCAGAGCUGCACCGGGUUAGUGACUCACCGCCUGCUGGAGGAAGACACCCCCAGAUACACGCGUGCCACGGACCCGGCCAGCCCGCGCAUCGGCCGAUCAAAUGAAGAGGAAGAAACUUCAGAUUCUUCGUUAGAAAAGCAGACUCGAUCCAAACACGCCCUGGACCCCCCGGGCGUCCAUGGCGACGCCCCCUGUGGUUCAGGGAUCAUGGACACCCAGAGCCUUGAAUCCAAAGCUGAACGAAUCGCAAGGUACAAAGCAGAGAGGAGGCGGCAGCUGGCAGAGAAGUAUGGGCUCACUCUGGACCCAGAGGUGGACGCCAAGCCUCCAUCCCGGUACACCAAGGCCAGGAAGGACCCCGAGGCCAUUGAGAAAAGGGGAGGAAAAAGUGACCGAUCGGCCGAGUCAAGCAAAGAUUUGGGCUCUUCCUACUCCAGGACUGAGAUCCCAGGGCUCAGGACCGGUGUAGCCGAGUCCAAGGACUAUGCCCUCCACCGGGGUGAUGGGGUUUCCGACACAGAGGUGCUGCUCAAUGUAGAAAACCAAAGACGAGGUCAAGAGCCCAGUGCCGCUGGGCCGGCCCGAGACCUGCUUCCCCCGGGGGAGAGCUCCUCAUCCUUCUCAUUCCCUGGGCGAGACAGUGCCCUCAGCGAAGUGCCAAGGUCCCCAAAGCAAAUGCACAGCGUGCCCAUCCCAUCGCCAGGGCAGCCGGCCUCCCCCAGCCCCUCCACUGGUGACCUGCCGCUCCCUGCCGAGGCUCGACCCAGUACCGGGAAACCCAAGCAUGAGUGGUUUCUCCAGAAAGAUUCCGAAGGGGACACACCUUCACUUAUCAACUGGCCUUCCAGAGUUAAAGUUAGAGAAAAAUUGGUGAGAGAGGAGAGCGCUCGCAGCAGCCCUGAACUUGCCUCCGAGUCCCUAACUCAGAGGAGACAUCAGCCCGCCCCAGGCCAUUACCUGUCCUUUCAGUCAGAAAACUCCGCCUUUGAUAGGGUCUCGAGCAGGGUGGCCGGCUCUGCCCGACAGCCCAUCCGCGGCUACGUCCAGCCAGCAGACCCCAUCCACACCAUCACUCUGGUGACCUCGGACACCCCAGAGGACAUAUCUGAGUGUAGCUGGGCGGAGCCAGCCAGCCACGCUGUCACAAUGCCUCCCACGGCGAAGGUUCUAGAAGGUGAGAGACGGGACACCCCUGAUCUCCAUAUCUGUGAAACAAAAGCAGAGGACGAGCUGCUCUUCUCCGAAGCUCUUGAGCAAAGCAGGAAAACGUUUCUGGCUUCAGAGGAUCGCGGGCUCGAGAGAAGCCCGGAAGAUCCCUCUGGAACGGAGGACUCUGGUAAGCCUGUUAUUGGUACCAUCACCAUGGAAACGCAGAAGGAGCCAGAAAGCCUGGCCCGCCCACCUCCAGCUCAGCACCAGCCCACCGAGAGGAUGGGCAGGAGUGAAAUGGUGGUGUAUGUUCAGAGAGAGGCCGUGUCCCAAGAUGCCAGGGUGACGGGUCACAGAAGGGACACACCUGCCAGGAAGCACAAGGUCCUCACCCGCUCCCUGUCCGACUACACGGGCCCCCCUCAGCUCCAGGCCCUGAAGGGCAGGGACCCCGCUUCCAGGGGAGACCCGGAGCUGCAGAGGUCCAAGGCUGAGGUGGAAAUGGGCCUGCUGGACACGAAGGUCUCUGUCGCCCAGCUCCGAAACGCGUUCCUGGAGUCAGUCCGAGCCAGCGAGAAACCCGAGCUCCGCUCACGGGUUGAGAGGCCAAGCGAAGGAGCUGGCUUGCCUACCAGUGUGGAACGGGAGAGAGGGGCCCGGAAACCAAGACGCUAUUUUUCUCCUGGUGAAAGUAGAAAGACUUCUGAGAGAUUUAGAACUCAGCCCGUAACCUCAGCAGAACGAAAGGAAUCGGAUAGGUCUACUUCGCAUCCAGAAAUGGCACCUGCCGACGAUGAAGAAAAGGUCGAUGAGCGAGCCAGGCUGAGCGUUGCCGCGAAGAGGCUGCUUUUCAGGGAAAUGGAAAAAUCAUUUGAUGAGAAGAACGUUCCGAAGCGACGCCCCAGGAAUGCGGCCGUGGAGCAGAGGCUGCGGCGUCUGCAGGACAGAUCCCACACCCAGCCGGUCACCACCGAGGAGGUGGUCAUUGCAGCCACUGAACCUCUCCCUGCUCCGUGCUCUGUGGCCAACCGCCCCGUAAAGGCAAGACUUCCUAGGGUCACUGUAGCUAAGAGCCCCGCGCAGCCCGCCAGGUUGCAGGCGUCUGCUCAGCAGAAGGCGUUAGCCAGAGACCAGGCAAACGAGGGCGAAGGCUGUGCUGAGCCAGGGGAACCUGAUUCCUCCACUCUGAGCCUCGCGGAGAAGCUGGCCUUGUUUAACAGACUGUCCCAGCCAGUCUCCAAAGCGAUCUCUACGCGGAACAGAUUAGACGUGAGACAGAGGAGGAUGAACGCUCGCUAUCAGACCCAGCCGGUCACGCUUGGAGAGGUGGAACAGGUACAAAGUGGGAAGCUCAUUCCCUUCUCACCCCCUGUGAACACAUCUGUGUCCACCAUGGCAUCUGCUGUCACUCCAAUGUACGCAGGGAGUCUUCGGACAAAGCCAUCGGUGGAUGAUAGCUCCAGUGCCACUGAGCAUAAAUUUCUGUCUUCGAUAGAAAAUUCAGACUCUCCAGUGAGAAGCAUCUUGAAAUCCCAAGCCAGGCAGCCUUCGGUAGACGGUGGUGGGAGCAAAGGACUGUUGAGAGAAUUUGAAGAGAUGGAAAGCAAGGGUGUCUUGACCGGUGGAGUCGUUGGGGUUACAAAGUACGAGUCCUUUGCAGAAGCAGAGCCGUCCUGCCCCACCCUUAGCGGAGUCCGGGAAGGGGACAGUCCUAAAGAAGCCAUGUACACUGUUCCGAGAAAGGGAAGCCUGGAGUUCACUCACCCUCCCAUUGCCCAUCUUGGUGAUGAAAUGGAGGAAUUUUCCACUGCAAGAAGCACCAUGCAAGGGAGCCCAGACUCCAAGCACAGGCAGCUCUUUGAAGAGAAGGUGGACUUAGAGGGUGUCACGAAGAGGAAGUUUUCGCUGAGAGAAGCAGAGUUCGGGGAGCCCACUUCUGAGCAGACAGGCGCAGCUGCUGGGAAGACCGUUGCUCAAACUGCAACCCCCGUGUCCUGGAAGCAGCCUGACCCCUCGGAACAGCUGGAGAAGCACCACAGGAGUCCGUGUGCCAUGUUUGCAGCUGGAGAGAUCAAAGUACCAGCAGUGGAGGGCAUCCUUGACUCCCCCAGCAAAACCAUGUCCAUUAAAGAGAGGUUAGCACUGUUGAAGAAGAGUGGAGAGGAAGACUGGAGAAACAGACUGACCAGAAAGCAGGAGUAUGGGAAGGCGUCGGUCACCAGCAGCCUGUGCAUCCAGGAGACGGAACAGUCUCUCAAGAAGAAGGAAGAAGGAGGAUUUUCAGAUGAUAAUGACAUUUCUAACCUGCUUUGGGAACCUGUCUAUGCUUCUACUUAUUCUCCUGCUCUUCCUGCCGCCCAUAAACACCUGUCUUUUGUAUCUAUUAAUCAGCGGGUCACAGAGAGUCGAGAGAGUCAGAUGACCAUUGAAGAGAGGAAGCACCUCAUCACCGUGAGAGAGGACGCCUGGAAGGCGAGGGGCAAAGGAGCAGCCAACGAUUCCACGCAGUUCACCGUGGCCGGCAGGAUGGUGAAGCGAGGCCUGGCAUCACCCACUGCCAUCACCCCAGUGACGUCCCCCAUUGGCAGUAAAACGAGGGGCACCACGCCAGUGUCCAAACCCCUGGAAGACAUCGAAGCCAGACCAGACAUGCAGUUAGAAUCAGACCUCAAGUUGGACAGGCUGGAAACCUUUCUAAGAAGGCUGAAUAACAAAGUUGGUGGGAUGCAUGAGACUGUCCUCACCGUCACCGGCAAGUCUGUUAAAGAGGUGAUGAAGCCGGACGAUGAUGAAACCUUUGCCAAAUUUUACCGCAGCGUGGAUUCCACUGUGCCGAGAAGCCCCGUGGAGCUCGACGAGGACUUCGAUGUUAUUUUUGAUCCUUACGCCCCCAAGUUGACAUCCUCUGUGGCCGAGCACAAGCGUGCGGUGAGACCCAAGCGCCGGGUUCAGGCUUCCAAAAACCCCCUGAAGAUGCUGGCCGCCAGAGAAGACCUCUUGCAGGAAUACACUGAGCAGAGACUAAACGUGGCCUUCAUGGAGUCAAAGCGGAUGAAAGUAGAAAAGAUGUCUUCCAACUCCAGCUUCUCAGAGGUCACUCUGGCGGGUUUGGCCAGCAAAGAAAACUUCAGUAACGUCAACCUGCGGAGCGUCAACCUGACCGAACAGAAUUCCAACAACAGCGCAGUGCCCCACAAGAAGCUGAUGCUGCUCCAGGUUAAAGGAAGAAGACACGUGCAGACAAGGCUGGUUGAGCCCCGAGCUUCGUCCCUCAACAGUGGGGACUGCUUCCUCCUGAUCUCCCCCCAUCACUGCUUCCUGUGGGUCGGGGAGUUUGCAAACGUCAUAGAAAAGGCGAAGGCCUCAGAACUUGCGACUUUAAUUCAGACCAAGAGGGAACUUGGGUGUAGAGCUACUUACAUCCAAACUAUCGAAGAAGGAAUCAAUACACACACUCAUGCGGCCAAAGACUUCUGGAAGCUUCUGGGUGGCCAAACCAGUUACCAGUCCGCUGGAGACCCCAAAGAAGAUGAGCAGUACGAGACGGCCAUCAUAGAAACCAACUGCACUUACCGUCUGAUGGACGACAAACUCGUCCCCGACGACGACUACUGGGGCAAGAUUCCCAAGUGCUCCCUCCUGCAGUCCCGAGAGGUACUGGUGUUUGAUUUUGGAAGCGAAGUUUACGUCUGGCACGGAAAAGAAGUCACACUCGCACAACGGAAGAUAGCAUUUCAGCUGGCAAAGCACUUAUGGAACGGAACCUUUGACUAUGAGAACUGUGACAUCAACCCACUGGAUCCCGGAGAGUGCAACCCGCUCAUCCCCAGGAAAGGACAGGGGAGGCCAGACUGGGCAAUAUUUGGGAGACUUACAGAACACAAUGAGACAAUUUUGUUCAAGGAGAAAUUUCUCGACUGGACAGAACUGAAGAGACCCAACGAGAAGAACGCCAGUGAACUUACCCAGCAGAAGGAUGACCCGAGGGUGGAGGUCAAGCCCUACGACGUGACGCGGAUGGUGUCCAUGCCCCAGACGACGGCCGGCACCGUGCUGGAUGGGGUGAACGUCGGCCGGGGCUACGGCCUGGUGGAAGGGGCCGACAGGAGGCAGUUUGAGAUCGCCAGCGUCUCGGUGGACGUCUGGCACAUCCUGGAAUUCGACUACAGCAGGCUUCCCAAGCAGAGCAUCGGCCAGUUCCACGAGGGGGACGCCUACGUGGUCAAGUGGAAGUUCACCGUGCGCACCGCAGUGGGAAGCCAGCAGCGGGGGGAGCAUCCGGCAAGGGUGGCUGGCAAAGAGAAGUGUGUCUACUUCUUCUGGCAAGGCCGGCAGUCGACUAUCAGUGAGAAGGGCACGUCGGCCCUGAUGACGGUGGAGCUGGAUGAAGAAAGGGGAGCCCAGGUCCAGGUUCUCCAGGGAAAGGAGCCCCCCUGUUUUCUGCAGUGUUUCCAGGGGGGGAUGGUGGUCCACUCUGGGAGACGGGAAGAGGAGGAAGAAAACACACAAAGUGGGUGGAGGCUGUACUGCGUUCGUGGUGAAGUGCCCGUGGAGGGGAACUUGCUGGAGGUGGCCUGUCACUGCAGCAGCCUGAGGUCCAGGACGUCCAUGGUUGUCCUCAACGUAAACAAAGCCCUCAUCUACCUGUGGCACGGAUGCAAAGCCCAGGCCCACACGAAGGAGGUCGGGAGGACUGCAGCCAAUAAAAUCAAGGAACAGUGUCCCCUGGAGGCAGGACUGCACAGUAGCAGCAAAGUGACGAUACAUGAGUGUGACGAAGGAUCGGAGCCCCUGGGGUUCUGGGACGCUUUGGGGAGGCGAGACCGGAAAGCCUAUGACUGCAUGCUGCAGGAUCCUGGGAAUUUUAACUUCACACCCCGCCUGUUCAUCCUCAGCAGUUCCUCUGGUGAUUUCGCAGCCACGGAGUUCAUGUAUCCUGCCCGAGACCCCUCUGUGGUCAAUUCUAUGCCCUUCCUGCAGGAAGACUUGUACAGUGCACCGCAGCCGGCGCUCUUCCUGGUUGACAAUCACCACGAGGUGUACCUCUGGCAAGGCUGGUGGCCCGCGGAGAACAAGAUCACCGGCUCCGCGCGCAUCCGCUGGGCCGUGGACCGGAAGAGCGCCAUGGGGACGGUGCUGCGCUACUGCCGAGGAAAAAGCGUCAAGAAGCCGCCGCCCAAGUCUUAUCUUAUCCACGCGGGUCUGGAACCCCUGACCUUCACCAACAUGUUCCCCAGCUGGGAGCACAGAGAAGACAUCGCGGAAAUCACGGAGAUGGACACAGAAGUUUCGAAUCAGAUCACACUGGUGGAGGACGUGUUAGCCAAGCUCUGUCAAACCGUUUACCCACUGGCCGACCUCCUCGCCAGACCACUGCCUGAGGGAGUUGAUCCUCUGAAGCUUGAGAUUUAUCUCACCGACGAAGACUUCGAGUUUGCACUGGACAUGACACGCGACGAGUACAACGCACUGCCCGCCUGGAAGCAAGUGAAUCUGAAGAAAGCGAAGGGUCUGUUCUGAGUGAUGGGAUGCUGGAGGACCCCUUGUCACUUUCCUUACCGCUGGGCAGGGAAGUGGAUGUCUUGGGGGGUAGCAGGGGGAGCUGGUACUUUACAAAUAUUUUUUCAUCUGAGUUUUUGAAAACCUGACAUGACUGGCUCUCCUGCUCAUUUUGGAGCUGUGUAUUUUGUAAAUGUUUCAGAGAACUCUUUAGAAACACUCCACGAAAUCCGGCAGGUAAUGAUAACAAAGCAUCCGUAUGCCUGUUUUUUUUUUGAAGCUGUUCUCUUUAUAAAGUGUUAUUUUGAUAGUUUGUGGAUUCUAAAAAAUAUAUAUAUUUAUAUAAACACCAUAUAAAUCAAAUAUGUAUUUAACGAAGCAAUAUGUAUUCAUUCACUUUUAAGGCUUUUUUUUUGGUGUCAAAAAUAAUAUUAAAAGGUAGAUGGAGUCGCUUCUGUUGAAUUAGUUCUGCCAGCGCCACGUACCUUCACACACGUUCAGGGGCAUCUCCCUCGCUCUGAGUGCUGCUUCCGGUGCUAAAAUGAACAAAGAAUUUAUACUUCCUGGCAUGGGCUCUGAAGAAUCCGUGCGAAUCCACCUCUGUACCUUAAUAUCUCCCCUCAGUGUAUAGUGCCUUGUUUUAUGUACAGUUUAUAUACAGAAAAGUUUGCUCUGCAUUUUUUGGACGAUGGUUUGGAACAUUAUCUACAGUUUUACUCUAAAAUAGUGGCGAUUAAAAAAAAAACUCAAUUUCUAAUACCUGUUGUAAACAUUAAACGUGUCAUUUUGCAAUAGAGGACUCCAAAAUAAAACCUUCAGAAUAAAUACGGCAA